AGAUCCCGCCCCGGAAAUGCGUGUUCUAGCUUUCUGUGUGCUUAGGUGCCCGAGCCUACUGAGGGUCUAAGUCCGGGCAGCCGAAGAGUGUGGUAGGUAACGGUCGUCAGCGCAAGGGUCAUUUCGUCGCUGGGAAAGGGACGGCCCUCGCCCGCGGUGAUGGUGGUUAGCAAGAUGAACAAAGAUGCGCAGAUGAGAGCAGCGAUUAACCAAAAGUUAAUAGAAACUGGAGAAAGAGAACGCCUCAAAGAGUUGCUGAGAGCUAAAUUAAUUGAGUGCGGCUGGAAGGAUCAGUUGAAGGCACACUGUAAAGAGGUAAUUAAAGAAAAAGGACUAGAACACGUUACUGUUGAUGACUUGGUGGCUGAAAUCACUCCAAAAGGCAGAGCGCUGGUACCUGACAGUGUAAAGAAGGAACUCCUACAAAGAAUAAGAACAUUCCUUGCUCAGCAUGCCAGUCUUUAAGGGUGAACUAGAUUGUGUUGUUCUUUGGAUUUAUUUCUGAAAGUAAAACUUGCCAUAAAUUAGAAAUUGAUUUCCCAAAAUAAAGUCCUUUUUUGUAUGAUGGUAUACAGUUUUCAGUAAUGAUGUAUACAUUGUAUUGAUUUUUUUCCCUAAAUGUGUUAUUUUAAUAAAUAUCUCAUGAAUGAGUUUCAAUUUUUUUUUAUUUUG